AUGGAAGAGACCUUUGUUCCGUUUGAGGGUAUCAGAAAAGAUCUCAAAGGAAGAUUAAUGUGCUACAAACAAGACUGGACCGGAGGAAUCAAAGCUGGAUUUAGGAUUUUGGCUCCUACCACUUACAUAUUCUUCGCCUCUGCGAUUCCUGUUAUUUCAUUCGGCGAACAACUGGAACGAAGCACUGAUGGAGUUCUCACGGCUGUUCAGACACUGGCAUCUACAGCCAUUUGCGGAAUCAUUCACUCUAUCAUCGGAGGCCAGCCUCUGCUAAUACUCGGAGUUGCAGAGCCAACUGUAAUUAUGUACACUUUCAUGUUUAACUUUGCAAAAGGAAGACCUGAAUUGGGACGCAAUCUGUUCUUGGCUUGGUCUGGAUGGGUUUGUGUUUGGACUUCGUUGAUUCUGUUUGUGUUGGCGAUAUGUGGAGCUUGUUCUAUAAUCAACAGAUUCACUAGAGUAGCUGGAGAAUUGUUUGGACUUCUUAUAGCUAUGCUCUUCAUGCAAGAAGCCAUCAAAGGACUAGUUGAUGAAUUUCGCUCUCCUGAGAGAGAGAAUCUGAAGCUUCUGGAGUUUUUACCUUCCUGGAGAUUUGCAAAUGGGAUGUUUGCUUUAGUUCUCUCCUUUGGUCUCCUUAUAACUGCACUUAGAAGCAGAAAAGCCAGAUCAUGGAGAUAUGGAACAGGCUGGCUUAGAAGCUUAAUAGCUGACUAUGGUGUGCCACUCAUGGUUCUGGUGUGGACCGGUGUCUCCUACAUCCCAACAGGAGAUGUUCCAAAAGGAAUCCCUCGGCGUCUUUUUAGCCCAAAUCCUUGGUCCCCUGGUGCUUAUGGGAAUUGGACCGUCGUAAAUGAGAUGCUUCAAGUUCCAAUUUUCUACAUAAUUGGAGCAUUCAUUCCUGCAACAAUGAUUGCAGUUCUUUACUACUUCGACCAUAGCGUAGCGUCACAGCUUGCGCAGCAGAAAGAGUUCAAUCUGAGAAAACCAUCUUCUUACCACUAUGAUCUUCUUCUUCUUGGGUUCCUGACCUUAAUGUGUGGUCUACUUGGAAUCCCUCCAUCAAAUGGAGUCAUCCCUCAAUCACCAAUGCACACCAAGAGCCUAGCAACACUAAAAUAUCAGCUGCUUCGGAACAGACUAGUUGCAACUGCACGGAGAAGCAUCAAGCAGAAUGCGAGUUUAGGACAGUUGUAUGGAAACAUGCAAGAUGUUUAUAAUCAAAUGCAGACUCCAUUAGUAUACCAGCAGCCUCAAGGUCUCAGAGAGCUGAGAGAGUCAACAAUCCAAUCCACAACAUUCACAGGAAACCUCGAUGCGCCAGUGGAUGAAACUCUGUUUGAUAUAGAGAAAGAGAUUGAUGAUUUAUUGCCAAUAGAAGUCAAAGAACAGAGAGUAAGCAACCUGCUUCAAGCAAUAAUGGUUGGAGGAUGUGUUGCAGCUAUGCCUAUCCUCAAAAUGAUCCCUACAUCAGUCCUUUGGGGCUACUUCGCCUUCAUGGCAAUCGAAAGCUUACCCGGAAACCAGUUCUGGGAAAGAAUCUUACUUCUCUUCACAGCCCCAAGUCGUCGAUUCAAGGUUCUUGAAGACAACCACGCGACAUUCGUGGAAACUGUUCCAUUCAAAACGAUUGCAAUGUUCACCAUUUUCCAAACAACUUAUCUUCUAAUCUGCUUUGGUCUCACAUGGAUCCCACUCGCUGGAGUUAUGUUCCCUCUAAUGAUCAUGUUUCUAGUACCUGUAAGGCAAUAUCUCCUCCCAAGGUUCUUCAAAAGUGCUCAUCUUCAAGACUUAGACGCAGCAGAGUAUGAAGAAGCACCCGCUGUUCCAUUCAAUGUCGCAGUAGCGGAAGCUGAGAUGGGAUCAACGGCUUCGUAUCCAUGUGAUUCUGAGAUUCUUGAUGAGUUUAUUACAAGAAGCAGAGGAGAGUUUAGACACACAUGUAGUCCUAAGGCUACUAGUUCAACUUCAACGCCGGUUUAUAAUCGGCAACUGUCUCAAGUGUUUAGUCCAAGAGUGAAUGAAUUGAGAAGUGAAAUGAGUCCAAGGCUCGCUGGAAAAGGCCAAAGUAGUCCAAAGCCGAGCCCUUUAAACCCAUCUUCGUCUUCGCCGUCAAAGUGA